AAAAAUGGUAGUACAGUCACGUAAAUAAGUUUCUUUUAUCUUCACGUGCGGCGCACGAAAAGAAGUAUUUUCUUGACCCAUGUUUGUUUGGUCUUUAGCCUAAAUAAUGGAUAGCUCAUUACCUGUGUUUAUAGACUUACCUGAAAAAGAUCAGGCUAAAGAAAUACGACAAUAUUUGAACUCUGCUGGAGCAGAUCUUGGUGAUUAUAGUAAGGAAAAUAUUCAUGACGAGCUAUCAAGUUUAUUAGAUGCUUGUGAUAACUGGUUGAAGUCUGCCAGCGAUGCUGACCUGGAGGCAAUGAUGAAUAGUUUUAUUUCAUUGAUUCUUUUUUGUGCAAAUGAUGCCAAGCUGACGAAGAAAUUCAUAUUAAAGCUUACUGAUAUUGGAGCAUCAGAAAAUAAUGCUUUAUUACGUAUUAAAUUAUUAAACAAUUUUUUCAUUGGUCUGCCAGACAAUAAUCCUUUGCGUUAUGAUGUUUAUAUUGGCCAACUUCAGCUAUCUAUAAAAUUUGGACACACAAAAAUGAUGACAACACAAUUAAAAAAAGUCAAAGAAUGGCUAGGAGUUUGGAAUGUAGAAUUGGAGGAGAAACGUACUUGUUACAGAUUACUGCAUGCAGCAUUAAAGCACGAACAUCGAAGCGAUGAAGCGACUCGAGUUAUGUUGGAAUUAUUAUCUACCUAUGAUGAAGAAUGUGCCUCACUAGCAAAAGAUGAUGCUGUAGAAUGUAUCAUUGACUUCAUAUCUAAACCAGAUGUUUUUAUUAUGGAUCAUUUGCUUCAACUGAAGCCUGUAUCUGCUCUUAAAGGGCAGCUAAUACACGAAUUGCUGACAAUAUUUGUUUCUGGGCAACUCACUGAUUACAAUACCUUUUGCACAAAUAAUCCAGAUUUUAUAGAAAAAUCAGGACUAGACCAUUUGGCUAAUAUUGAAAAAAUGAAAAUCUUAACAAUGAUAUCACUGGCAAAUCAAGAAAAGGAAAUAACAUAUCAAAAAAUUAUACAAACAUUAGGUCUCACUGAAGACAAUCUUGAAGAAUUUGUUAUUGAAUUGGUGAAAUCUGGACUUGUUCAUGCAAAAAUUGAUCAAAUUAAUGAACGAAUAAUUAUCAGAUCGGUUGGGUUUAGAACAUUUGGUAAAAAUGAGUGGGAGUCACUGCAACAAAAGCUUCAGACAUGGGUCACUAAUCUAAACGUUAUCAAAACAAACUUGGAGCAAGUCGUACAAUCUUAAUGAACUCAAUAAAUUUAUAUAUUAA